AUGCCACACAAGGAUCACAGUAUUUCAACACACAACAGCAAUGAGACAGCGUCAAUAAAAUCUAAUGGGUCGACUUCAUCGUUUGCAGCAUCUUUUUUUGGCAAAAAAAACGGAUUUGGUUUGGGCAAAUUGUUCAAGGGCAGUAGCCACAAUUCUAAUAAUGAAACAGGUAAGGAUAUCCUGGGACAGCUACUGUCACAGCAUCGCAGCAACUCGAGCUCGAGGUCACAGGAUUCUAACCAUCGGUCUAGGUCAUCUUUGCCCACAACGGAUCAUAUAAGUGUAAACCACAUCCAUGGCAAUAACCUGCACAAUAUUAAUAAUUACGUGAAUGUUGAACACAAUAUUGAUUCGACAUCGGGCUUGAGCAAGGAUUGCUCGGGAGCCUCUGGCUAUACUUCGCAUUCACCUCAUGUUCAUCCUCUGAAAAUGGUUCCUUCACCUAAUACCCAUAUGCAUCCAUCCCAGUUGCUUCAACGUGAGAUCGAGGACCAGCAGAGACGCAGCUCGCCUCCAAAACUUGCGCACAGAAAACAUCUUAAGAAAACCCUUCACUUGAAGCGAUUUUUCAAGAAAAUUCAUGGCGAAGACACCCACAGCAGGCAGCAAGGGUCUCACCCUGCCUUGCCUUUAGCAGUAACUUCUGAUUUCGAUUCUAACGCAAGCAAGACUCUUUAUGAAACCGAGGAUGCUCGAGAAUUGAUCGAGAAAUACGGCAAUCCAGGUAAACUGGUCGGUGAAGGGGCUUCUGGUUCGGUAUCUGUCGUUGAGUCCACCGACGGUAAACAGUUUGCUGUUAAAAGAUUCAGAGCUCGAGGCUCGAAGGAAACUCAAGUUGAAUACUCUAAAAAAGUGACAGCUGAGUUCUGCGUUGGAUCUACCCUCCAUCACUGCAAUAUUAUCGAAACUUUGGAUAUGCUUCAAGAGGGCACUAAUUUUCUAGUAGUGAUGGAAUACUGCCCUUAUGACUUUUUCACUUUAGUGAUGAGUAACCUAAUGACCAAAGCAGAGGUGGCUUGCUAUUUCAAGCAAAUAUGCCUUGGAGUUGAGUACCUGCAUGGCAUGGGUCUUGCACACAGAGACUUGAAGCUAGACAAUUGUGUCGUUACUAACCAAGGAAUACUAAAAUUGAUCGAUUUUGGCAGUGCGGUGGUUUUCCAAUAUCCUUUUGAAAAUCAGAUAGUAGAAGCGAGAGGAAUUGUUGGAUCAGAUCCCUACUUAGCUCCAGAGCUACUCAGCCGUACAACAUACGAUCCGAGACCGGUUGAUGUCUGGUCAAUUGCAAUAAUGUUCUACUGCAUGUCGCUUCGAAGGUUUCCUUGGAAAGCUCCUCGCGAAAAGUAUCAAUCAUAUAGACUCUUCUGCGAAGAACCGGAGAGCGACAGAGAUCCACAAAGAGGAGCGUACCGUAUUCUUAAGCUGCUUCCUCGACAAUCUCGAAAACUCUUCUCGGAGAUGUUACAAUUAGAUCCAAGGAGAAGAAUUUUGAUGGAUGAAGUUCUGAAUGAUCCAUGGGUAAAAGAGAUCGAAUACUGCUCACUGGAUGAGACAGGUAAAUUGAGAACCUUGCCGCAAUUGCAUAAACAUCAUCUUGUUACAGAGGAUGAAUUGAAUGAAUUGAAUGAGCUGAACGCAAAACGCGUGGAAGAACAAAGACAGGCCGAAUUACAGGAGGAGCAAAAGAAUGUGGAUGCAUUACAAGAUGUAACAUCUAAGCUUGAGGAAACACAAGUAGUGUAA